GCAUGCAAAUUUGUGUUAUCCAUUCAAUUGGCAUCAUCUUUGAACAAGAUAAGAUAAGAACGAAGAACAGGUUCUUUACCUGCUUCAACUUCACUUUCAUUUUAUCUUCUGCAACUCUACUUGUUUAAGGUUGGAUUCAAAGAACAAUGGAGUUGAGAACAUUUACCUUACAACCCAACAUGACACACAUGUUUCCAAAACUCACAUGCUGUGUCAAACUUUGUAAUUUCCAACAUUCAAAUCAGAAGGAUUUUUCACUGAAAAUCAGUAGAAGAAACAUCAUGGGGUUGAUUAUUAGUGGAGAGUGUAUAUUCAGGACAGAGAAUGCAAACGCAUUUGAUUUUGGACUUGUGGCCCCUGAUCAAACCAUCGAAGAGGCACAAGAUGUAGUGAGAGUUCACGCACAAGAUUUGUUACAAAUUGGAGAUUUGUUAAAGUCAGAGUCAUGGAAAGUGGCACAGAAGGAAUUGAGAAGAAGCUCAGCACUUUUGAAGAAGGAUAUAUACACCAUAAUUCAAAGUAAGCCUGGAAAGGAGAGGCCAGAAUUGAGGAAGCUGUACUCUACUCUCUUUAACAAUGUUACAAGACUAGAUUAUGCAGCAAGGGAUAAAGAUGGAGCAGAAGUGUGGCAGCGUUAUGAGAACAUUGUUGUGACUAUGAAUGACAUUCUAUCCAGAAUAUAAUUGUCUUGGUCAUAGAGAGUUAGUUAAGAAAUAAUGUUGAGUGUCUAAAUGUUAUAGGUAGUAGCAAAAUGGUACUCAGCCUCAGCUAGGAAGAGUAUUACAUAUGUAAUAUCAGUCAACUUUUGAAAUGUUCUUCUGCAACUAUGAAAAUAUAUAUUGAGAUGGGUUGUAAAGAAUGAGAGAAAUUUACUGGUCAAUUGAUUCUCCAUAUAAGUUUUUUGGGUG